AUGGCAGUCCUGAUGGCAUCGGCCGCCUGGCCGUCAGCGACAAGCGGCGGCAGAUGGGAGGAGAUGGAGAGGCGCAUGCUGUACCUGAGAGGUGGUCACGACGUCGACGACAGGUUCUGGAGCUUCCCGACCAUAGAAAGAUCAAAAGUUAGCGAACCAGAGAAGAAAUCAACCCGAUGCCAUGUCAAGAAAGCGCAGAGAGAACCGAAGAUGAAUACUCCAAAUUUGAGACUUGCGAGGCUUCUCUGGUGGAGACAAGAAUAUGAAAAAGCAGAGGAAAACUACUUGAAGACUUUAUCUUGGAGCAGAAACGAAUCAGACAGUCACUCGAUCAAGUUCUGUGACGGAAGCUUCUGGUCUGCCGUGAGACCUCUUUCGGUAUCUUCACAUUUCAACGAUGAAGCCGCGAUUAUCAGCGAGUUCUCCAUGUUCUUGUACGAAAAGCAAAGGAUGGUGCUAGAGGCAGAUCCGAUGUUCACCAUCGCGAUUGAAUUUCUUGGAGACAUCUUAGAGACGGAGGGGCGAUGGGAUGAAGCAGAGGCCUUUUACAUGCGAGCUCCCGGCCACACGGUUAGCAAGGAAAGAGAUGAAUCCAACAGCAAGUUUGUGAUUGUCGACCCUUGCCCUGCGCAUGCGACUUAUCUUACAAGGUUGGCAAGGGUGUUCAGACGAUCGAAUUAUGUCGAUCUUGCGAUGGAAUACUUGAGGGCAGCCCUCACAUUCAAACCUGAUCAUUCUCCUGCACUGCAACUGCAGAAGUCGAAGGGCGUCUGUCACUUAGACGUCGAUGAACACAUGUUGGCGAUCAAGUGCUUCGAAGAGGCUUUGUCGCUCUCUCCUUCUUCUCUGGAUGGUAAGCUUGCGAUGGCUGAAGCAAAGAAAGGAGAAACUCUGGAAUCGUAUCAUUGGAAACCUCUGUACAAGUACGCUGUGCGUAUGAAGCAGCGCCGCAUAAUGCCGAAGUUGAUUUCAAAGGCAGAGAAGCUGGCUUACAAAGCCUACCAGCUACACCCGAAGGACCAGAACGUUCACAAGAUCCUUGCCAAUCUUCACCACAACCUCAACGACGACCGCUCGGCCAUGAAAUCUCUGCUCAAAGCGCUGUGGCUGGAACCCAACGAUCCUAUCGCCCUCAAUGAUGUUGGCCAUCUACUUGCAACUCAACACAACUAUGACGAGGCAAGAAAGCGGUUCGAGCAGGCGAGAAGGGCGAAUCCUCUCUAUGUGCAGGCAGACAUCUCCCUAGCAGCGCUCUACCUCGCCGUCGGUCAAUAUGAAGAUGCGAUGAAGUUUCGUGCGAGAGCUGAAAAGACUGCGCCUGACUGCGCCCCGAUGGAAUUUGUCGCUGGUCUGGCAGAGCAGUAUGGAGCUAAGUUCGGGGCGAGAGAAGGAGGAGGAGGUGUGGAGGUGGGGCUGGGAGAGGAGAAAGCGAGUAAGAAGCCUUGUGCUGAAGAAGGUAAAAUGGUGAACUCUGCCUUGGGAGCGGUAUCGAUGGGAGAUAGCAGCGAAUGA